AAAAGGAUGACGUCAUUACUACUGUCACCUUGACUUCAAUUUCCGGUGUGGAUCCGUGACAUGAAAUCUCAACGGAAGCAAAAUGUUGAGGACAUAAAGAAAAGAAUCAAACGAAUAUCUACACGUGGCUGUCGUUUACCGGAAACGGUAGAUGUGGCCGUUUUAGCACAGGAGCUAAAAAUACGACUCGCAUCGCGUUCUCCUGUCGUGACGGAGUUACGUGGAACGCGUGCGUCAUCGAGGGUCAAUUACAAGGAUAUGUGGCCGUCCAAUAGAGUCGUACCUAUGUUACGGAUAAAUCGGGAACAGGAUUUUACAGAAACCUCAUGUGUGAAGGUACAGAUGUGUAGAUUACGUAAGCACAAAUAGGUCCUACCUGUAUCUGUUAAUCCGGAACAAUGACACGCCGGCCAAGCCAGAAAUUAGGGGAACGUUUCCCAUGAAAUCUUGAUAAGUCAGUAAUGCAUCAUACGAUUUUAAGCUGAAAACUAGCAUCGUGCGUCAUCUGUUCCAAAUUCUUACUUCAUAAUAUAUUUAAUAGCUUGUCCAAAAUAUCUGACCUCUAUUUGUAAGAUGAAUUACCAAUAAUUGGUAUGUUUGUUUACCACUUCUAUAAAAUGUAUUGCACAUCUUUAGUACUCCAAUAAAUAAGUAAUGACAAAA